AUGGCCUCUGGCAGCAGUCUCCUGGCUCAAGAUCACUUCCUGUGUUCUGUCUGUCUGGAUGUGUUCACUGAUCCUGUCUCCAUACCAUGUGGACACAACUUCUGUAAAUCCUGUAUCACACAGUACUGGGACAGUAAUGAACAGUGCCGGUGUCCUGUGUGUAACAAGCUUUACACUAACAGACCUGAAGUGUCAGUCAAUCCUUUCAUAUGUGAGAUGACUGCUCAGUACAGAGAGUCCAUUAGAGUGAAAGCCAGCAGCUGCCCUGACCAACAAUGUGCCAAACCAGGAGACGUUCCCUGUGACGUCUGCACUGGGACCAAGACCAAGGCCCUCAAGUCCUGUCUGGUGUGUCUGGCCUCGUACUGUGAGACUCACCUGGAACCACAUCAGAAAGUCACAAGUCUGAAAAGACAUCAGCUGAUCGACCCUGUGGAGAAUCUGGAAGACAGGAUAUGCAAGAAGCACGACAAACCUCUGGUUCUGUUCUGUAAGACUGAACAGGUGUGUGUGUGUCAGUUCUGUACUGAGUCAGACCACAAGUUACAUCCUGUUGUUCCCCUGAAGGAGGAAUAUGAAGGAAAGAGUCAGCUGGGUAAGAAAGAUGCUGAAGUUCAGCAGAUGAUCCAUCAGAGACAACUGAAGAUUCAGGAGAUCAAACAGUCAGUCGAAAUCAGCAAAGAUGGUGCAGACAGAGAGAUAGCCCACAGUGUUCAGGUCUUCACUGCUCUGAUGAGCUCCAUUGAGAGAGGCCAGGCUGAGCUCAUUGACAUGAUUCAAGAGAAACAGAAAACAACAGAGAAACAGGCUGAAGGCUUCAUUGAAGAGCUGGAAGAAGAAAUCAGGCAGCUGAAGAAGAGGAGCACAGAGCUGGAGCAGCUCUCACACACCAAAGACCACCUCCACCUCCUCCAGAGCUUCUCAUCCCUCAACACCCCUCCACACACAAGGGACUGGACAGAGGUCAGUGUCCAUCAGCCAUCUUAUGUGGGGACUGUGAGGAGAGCUGUGGAGCAGCUGCAGGAGACAGUCAGUAAAGAGAUGGAGAAGCUGUGUCAGGCUGAGCUGAAGAGGGUCCAGCAGUAUGAAGUGGAUGUGACUCUAGAUCCUGAUACAGCACAUCGUAAACUCAUCCUGUCUGAUGAUGGAAAACAAGUUUAUUAUGGAGACAUUAAAAAGAACCUCCCAGACAACCCAGAGAGAUUCUCUCAUCAUCCUUUGGUCUUAGGAAAACAGAACUUCUCCUCAGGUAGAUUUUAUUUUGAGGUUAUAGUGAAAGAGAAGACUAAGUGGGAUUUAGGAGUGGCCAGAGAGUCUGUCAACAGGAAGGAAAAAACAUAUUUGGACCCUAAGUAUGGUUUCUGGACAAUAUGGUUGAGGAAUGGAAAGGAGUAUGAGGCUGUUGCGUGCUUCUCUCUGAGACAGAAGCUCCAGAAGGUGGGGGUGUUUGUGGAUUAUGAGGAGGGUCUGGUCUCCUUUUAUGACGUAGAUGCUGGUGAUCAUAUCUACUCUUUCACUGGCUGCACCUUCACUGAGAGACUCUACCCAUAUUUCGGUACCAGUCUUAAUGAUGGUGGUAAAAACUCUGCUCCUCUCAUCAUCUCUCCUGUCAACAGAUGUCUAGAUAUGGCCUCUGGCAGCAGUCUCCUGGCUCAAGAUCACUUCCUAUGUUCUGUCUGUCUGGAUGUGUUCACUGAUCCAGUCUCCAUACCAUGUGGACACAACUUCUGUAAAUCCUGUAUCACACAGUACUGGGACAGUAAUGAACAGUGCCGGUGUCCCAUGUGUAACAAGCUUUACACUAACAGACCUGAAGUGUCAGUCAACACUCUGUUUCGUGAGAUGACUGCUCAGUACAGAGAGUCCAUUAGAGUGAAAGCCAGCAGCUGCCCUGACCAACAAUGUGCCAAACCAGGAGACGUUCCCUGUGACGUCUGCACUGGGACCAAGAUCAAGGCCGUCAAGUCCUGUCUGGUGUGUCUGGCCUCGUACUGUGAGACUCACCUGGAGCUGCAUCAGAAAGUCACGGGUUUGAAAAGACAUCAGCUGAUCGACCCUGUGGAGAAUCUGGAAGACAGGAUAUGCAAGAAGCAUUACCAACCUCUGGUUCGGUUCUGUAAGACUGAACAGGUGUGUGUGUGUCAGUUCUGUACUGAGUCAGACCACAAGUUACAUCCUGUUGUUCCCCUGAAGGAGGAAUAUGAAGGAAAGAAGAGGCAGCUGGGUAAGAAAGAUGCUGAAGUUCAGCAGAUGAUCCAUCAGAGACAACUGAAGAUUCAGGAGAUCAAACAGUCAGUAGAAAUCAGCAAAGAUCGUGCAGACAGAGAGAUAGCCCACAGUGUUCAGGUCUUCACUGCUCUGAUGAGCUCCAUUGAGAGAGGCCAGGCUGAGCUCAUUGACAUGAUUCAAGAGAAACAGAAAACAACAGAGAAACAGGCUGAAGGCUUCAUUGAAGAGCUGGAAGAAGAAAUCAGGGAGCUGAAGAAGAGGAGCACAGAGCUGGAGCAGCUCUCACACACCAAAGACCACCUCCACCUCCUCCAGAGCUUCUCAUCCCUCAACACUCCUCCACACACCAAGGACUGGACAGAGGUCAGUGUCCAUCAGCCAUCUUAUGUGGGGACUGUGAGGAGAGCUGUGGAGCAGCUGCAGGAGACAGUCAGUAAAGAGAUGGAGAAGCUGUGUCAGGCUGAGCUGAAGAGGGUCCAGCAGUAUGAAGUGGAUGUGACUCUAGAUCCUGAUACAGCACAUCGUAAACUCAUCCUGUCUGAUGAUGGAAAACAAGUUUAUUAUGGAGACAUUAAGAAGAACCUCCCAGACAACCCAGAGAGAUUCUCUUGUCAUCUUAUGGUCUUAGGAAAACAGAACUUCUCCUCAGGUAGAUUUUAUUUUGAGGUUAUAGUGGAAGAGAAGACUAAGUGGACUUCAGGAGUGGCCAGAGAGUCUGUCAACAGGAAGGAAGAAACAUAUUUGGACCCUGAGGAUGGUUUCUGGACAAUAUGGUUGAGGAAUAGAAAUGAGUAUAAGGCUCUUGAUAGCACUGAGGUCCUUCUCUCUCUGAGACAGAAGCUCCAGAAGGUGGGGGUGUUUGUGGAUUAUGAGGAGGGUCUGGUCUCCUUUUAUGACGUAGAUGCUGGUGAUCAUAUCUACUCUUUCACUGGCUGCACCUUCACUGAGAGACUCUACCCAUAUUUCGGUACCAGUCUUAAUGAUGGUGGUAAAAACUCUGCUCCUCUCAUCAUCUCUCCUGUCAACAAAGUCUGAUGAACACACAGGCUCACUAUUAUGGCUACGUGUGUGUGUGUGUGUGUGUGUGUGUGUGUGUGUGUGUGUGUGUGUGUGUGUGGGUGUGUGUGCGCGACAUAUUCGCUUAUAAUGACAGGAUUCAGAUUCCUUUUCACUUUCUGUACCGGCUGCACCUUCAGCAAGGCGAUCUACUCACACUUUCGUCUCCGUCCUUUAGACAAUUUAAUCAGCGGUAAAAAAAAAACUCCUCACCUACUGUAUUGUCUCCUCCCCUACUG